CGCGGAAACGUGGCUCGCCGGUUCAGAAUCGCUUCAUGGUGUUGGCGCACAAGGCGGCAUGAUCGAAGCGGAAAAAGUAAGAUUUGCGGCUUCACCGAGAAACAUUGUCGAGAGAGGAGUGACGAGGACAACUUCUCGUGGUACACCGGGUAGAAGUGCUGCGCCGGGCUUUUCGGGAGAUGAUGAAAGAGACGCCUGCACAGCCGACGUCGACAGCAUCUUGCCGCACGUUUCCAGAGCGUCUGGGAGUCACCGCCUAGCCGCGUCCGGGUUUCUUAACAAUGAAGCUUCGACUAGCUCCUCAGAAAUUUGGGCAGAUCCAGUAGUUUCCAAGGAUCGGCUACGUUCUACGGGCAGAACUCAGCAGGCCACUAGAGAGGUACCUGUAGGAACUUCGCAGAACCAAAAUCAGGAGGAGCACUCCCAAGCACGGUCCGGUGCUAAUUUGCCAGCGGGAGCAGAGAUUCUGUUGCUUUCCAGUAAGCACAAUGCAAGUAAAGGAAGCAAUCAAGCUGCGGAGCCUUCGCCGGCGAUCUUCAUGUCAUCUAGCAUGAAGAAGGACUCGAGCGUAGAAGGGACGGAGAGAAGUAGGGCGCGCGGUUCUCGGACCUCGAAGGUGAAACACCCUGAUGUCGCCGAUGUGGAUCCGUAUGCAGCAAAGCGUGCUCGUUUAGAGGAAUUUGCCGCGGAAAUGGAAGGGCUGGCGACUCGGGCUAGUCGAGGCGAUCUGUCGUUCCUUGACAUACCGCAGAGAGACGCGGACUUGCCACCCUUCGUGGCCUCGCGAGAGCUGCAAGACGCCAUUCGACGAGAGAAAGAAGGUGCGCGACGAGAUACCGGACAACAAGCAUCAUCGAGGGAAAAGGCGACUACAACGAGUGUCCACAGUGGAGGUUCAACAUUUGUCGCAGGCAUGCUGCCAGACCGUGGAACAAGGUCGAUCAACAGUAUGCGAGCGAGGCAACAAGCGUCACAAGUGGCACGAAGCAACAAGUCUGCGCGUGAUGACAGGGGGCAUCAACAGGAGUCCUCAGAAAUUUCGCACACCAGGACGGCGCACGAUGAAGAAGAACGUAAGAAGCACCUGCAAUCUCAAGGUUAUGAGAAUGCUGAAGUGGCAUCGUCGCCCGUUUUUCUUGUAUCCGCUUUACCGGAGUUUCUGGAGCAGGACAGCCCAGCACCGAAGAGCCUUGUGAGUCCGGAGGGCAGCCAAUUUGAGGAUACUACCUGGGAGGAUGGCGGUACCGUGUCGCCGGGUGUUCUGCACGCGGAUUCUGGUCGAGACCGACACCGGGAAGCACAGCAGAGCUAGAACAACACGAAUUGUGCGUGAAGACCACGACUUGAACAACUCAAAUUCUCUUCUAGCUACUUAACUACGAGGAAAGCCAGCACGACGUUGAUAGAUUACCUUCAGAACUGAGGAUAAGCAAAUGAACUUACUGGGAAAGUUCUAAGAAAUAUUUCCAUGAGAAAGGAUAACCCAACAGCAUGAUAGCACCUAUAGAAGAAAUGCGG